UAACUCUUCAGCCUGUGCCUGGUCUCCUGGUGUUAAGGAAAGAUUCUGUGAUUCUCUGGCUAAAGUGAAUGUCUUACAUCCCCUGGGGCUUUGGAUCAGAGGCAACAGAACUGGAACGAGGGCACUCAUAGCCUUUUGCUUUUGUUUCUACUAAUUUGACAUCAUACAUGGCUACCGAUGGCAAUUCUCUUCAGGUUCCCUUGCGUCAGAAGCAGAGAAAGAAAACUCAAGGGUUUUUCACGAUGAGUCGGAGGAGGAUAUCCUGUAAAGACCUGGGACAUGCUGACUGCCAAGGUUGGCUAUAUAAGAAAAAAGAAAAAGGAACUUUCCUGAGCAACAAAUGGAAAAAGUUCUGGGUGGUGCUGAAGGGAACGUCGCUAUACUGGUACAGCAAUCAAAUGGCAGAGAAGGCUGAUGGAUUUGUCAAUCUGCCCGAUUUCUCUGUAGAGAGAGCAUCUGAAUGCAAGAAAAAGCAUGCUUUUAAGAUCAGCCAUCCACAGAUCAAGACCUUUUUUUUCGCAGCUGAGAAUGCACAGGAAAUGAGCGUGUGGUUAAACAAGCUUGGAUUAGCUGUAAUCCAUCAUGAAUCUGCUACAAAGGAUGAAGAAUGUUAUAGUGAGAGUGAACAGGAGGACCCUGAAAUAGCUGUGGAGACACCACCCCCUCCUUACUCUGCAGAGACUUUCUCUCCUUUGGCUGCCCAGCAGGCACCUUCAUCUUCACCCAAAUCGUGUUCUUGCCCUUCCUUGGAAAGUACAAUAAAGACACAAAGCAGUUUGGCCUCCUUCUCUAGAGACAGACAGUCCUGGAUCGACAUGGGCAACAGUUCGGCCGCUGCUGACAAUGAGGAACAGUCUAUAAUGUUUGCUGUGGCAGUGCGCUCAUCUGCCCCUGCUGAAGCAAACAGUUGCAGGGCUCUGGAGAAUAGCUUUGCCACAUCAGAAAGUGGAUUUUUGAACUCUCUGUCUAGUGAUGAUACUUCUUCACUGAGUAGCAACCUGGACCAUCUUGCUGUCCCAGACCAGCCCACUGGAUCAAAGAUGGCAGAUAGAGAAGAAACAAAAUUGUCUGAGGAUGAUGAAAUGGAGAAACUCUACAAAUCGUUAGAACAAGCUAGUCUUUCUCCUCUUGGGGACCGUCGACCUUCGACCAAAAAGGAGUUGAGAAAGUCCUUUGUUAAGCGGUGUAAGAAUCCAUCCAUAAAUGAGAAACUUCACAAAAUCCGAACCUUGAAUAGCACAUUGAAGUGUAAAGAACAUGACCUGGCCAUGAUUAACCAGUUGCUGGAUGAUCCGAAGCUGACUGCCAGAAAAUACAGGGAGUGGAAGGUGAUGAACACCCUGCUGAUCCAGGAUAUCUAUCAGCAGCAGCGAGCCCCCAUGUCUGCCCAUGAAGGCACCCCCGAGGGACUUGAGAAACCACCUUCCUCUGCCUGUGUUGAAAAUUCUGUUUGAGAACAAGCCAGCAUUUUCUUCCCUUAUAUUACCCCAAGCAACUUUUGGAGAUGUUAUAAGAGCUUUCCUUAAAAGGAAAAGUGAAACCAGUUAUUCAAGCAUUGGCUCCUUCUCUAAAGAUGUGACUAAAGUGAGGACCCACUCUGACAGCAACAGGACUCUUCAUUCUGCUUGUAGUGCUUACACUGAGACUGGAGGGAUUGAGUCCAGCUGAACAAACAUCGUGUUUCUACUCGGAGCUCAUGGUUAUGCUGGGCUCUAAGUGGGAUGUGAGAAGUGUAGGUUCCUUGCUCUAAAGAGAAUCACAGUGUUCUAUGGACAAAGAUCAUGUUUUACCAGGGAUAAUUAUUCAGAGAAAUGUUCUCUUUUCCAAAAGAAGAAUCUACAGAUUCCACCAGGUUGGGUAGUUGAAUUCUUCAAAUCAUUUCUUUGAGUGGAGGAAUGUGUUUUACAGCAGAAACUGGAAGGGAACAAAUGUGGUAUUACAGAACCAAAAUCUCUCGCCUUUGGUCUGGAAUGGUGGUGCCUUUUCCAUGAGCUGAGAAAUACUUCACAGUGAUUGGUGUGUGGGAUAGCCCAAGGACGUGGCAUGUGCUGUUAAACACUCCCUCAAAA